CCAGCAUCAAGCGUGAAAUGACCUUCCCUGCAUUUCAACAGGAGGAUGUAAAAAGUGACAUCAGUCAAAAACUGCCAGACCAACAGUUUCUCCUGUUCACCACAAAGGAGGAAGAUUUAAAAACAGCAGAGACCAAAAAACCAAACAGAGCUCAUGAGUAUGAAAAGGAAAACACUCGUUCUGUUUGUCUUCUGGAACAGAAGCGCAAGGUUGUUUCUUCAAAUAUUGAUGUGCCUCCAGCAAGAAAAUCUUCAGAAGAACUGGACAUGGAUAAAGUAACAGCAGCCAUGGUACUCACCAGUUUAUCCACCAGCCCUUUGGUCCGCAGCCCUCCUGUCCGACCCAACGAAUCCCUAAAUGGAUCUUGGAAAGAAGGAGGAUUUGUGCCUUCUAGUACCAGCAGCAGUGGAUACUGGAGCUGGAACGCUCCCAGUGACCAGUCCAACCCAUCCACCCCAUCUCCACCUCUGUCAGCUGAUAGCUUCAAAGCUUUUCGGACACCUUCCCAGCCAGAUGAUGGUAUUGAUGAAUCUGAAACCAGCAACCUUCUCUUUGACGAACCCAUUCCUAGGAAGAGAAAGAACUCCAUGAAGGUGAUGUUCAAAUGCCUGUGGAAAAACUGUGGGAAGGUACUGAGCACAGCUGCAGGGAUUCAGAAACACAUACGGACCAUUCACCUUGGACGUGUAGGAGAGUCUGACUACAGUGAUGGAGAGGAGGAUUUUUACUAUACAGAAAUCAGGCUCAACACGGACUCAGUAGCUGAUGGCUUAAGCAGUCUUUCCCCAGUCUCUCCAUCUUUAGCAUCUCCUCCUUCCUUUCCCCCCCAAGAUGCAAUCCGUCCUGAAACUUCCUGUGCCAAAACCGAGACUAAAUUGAUGACACCUCUGAGCCGCUCAGCUCCUACCAACCUCUACCUCGUACAUACGGACCAUGCUUACCAGGCCACUCCUCCAGUGAACAUUCCAGGGUCAGCAAAAUUCACUCCCAAUGGCAGUAGCUUUAGCAUCUCCUGGCAGUCGCCUCCAGUUACCUUCACUGGCAUUCCAGUCUCACCAACUCAUAAUCGUCCUGCAGGGAGUGGAGAGCAGAAACAGGCCCACACAGUUCUUUCAUCACCGCCUAGAGUAGCAUUUGGCUUGAGGAAGCCUAGAGGGGAGGGGAAAAAGUGUCGGAAGGUCUAUGGGAUGGAGAACAGAGAUAUGUGGUGUACUGCCUGCCGAUGGAAGAAGGCCUGCCAAAGGUUCAUCGACUAAAGAUUGAAAUUAUGCAGAGGAUUUGGGGAUGGGGGAGGACAACAGCAGAACCAGAUUGCUGCAGCUGCACUGUAUCACUUCCCAUUUUCCCUCCAGUGAUGUGGUGUUGGGGGUUUUUUUGUUGGUUUUUUUGGGGUGGUUUUUUUUAAAAGAGCUUUGUAUUUCAAAGUGAAGCACUUGUAGCCAAGGAGAAGCACUAAUCAAAACCUGUGUGGAGCAAUAGAGCAAAAAAAAAAAAGCAAAACCAAGAACAUACAACAAAAUUCUGUCUUACUAAGUAUGGAAACCAGAGCAGCUAUUAGUGUUUUUCUGUAAAAGAAAGGAAAAAGUUAAUUUUUUUGCUAACUCUGUGAGCUACUUGCUCCUUAGGAUAAUUUUUAACCAUUUCAGUCUCUGUGCUGUGAACAUCUGUAUUUACUAAACGGAACAAUUUUUCUUUUCCUGAAACAAAGAUCUCUUUUUGAAAGCUUUCUAAUAAACACUUCUGAGUCAUAUAAGCUACAGUUUACUCAACAAGAGCUGUACUAAGACUGGAGACUGCUAAAUAAUUCUCCUGACACAAAUGAUCAUGAUGAUA